CCAAUCUCUUUUUCCCCCACUCCUUCUGGGCCAACAUUUCAUUUUUCAUUUGUAAAUGGCCCUGCUAAAUUUCUUCCUUUCUUCUCCUGCAUCUGUUCUGCUGGUGGCUGCCCUGAUUCUUUUCGCAUCCUUCUGUUUGCCAGCUGGCUUUCGAAAAUCAUCUUUAAAGUUACCGCCAGGCCCUUUGCCUCUUCCAAUCAUCGGACACCUGCAUCUGCUCGAUUUUAAAAGGCAGGACAAAUCCUUGCUGAAGCUUGCGAAAAAAUACGGACCCGUGUUUACCCUCCAUUUUGGGUUCAAGAAAGUGGUGGUGCUGACUGGCUAUGAAGCAGUAAGGGAUGCUCUUGUGACCUUCACUGAGGAGUUUGUGGACAGGCCAUCUAUACCCAUAUUUGAGCAUAUUCAGCAUGGAAAUGGGGUUUUCUUUUCCACCGGAGAGCUGUGGAGGGCUACCCGAAGAUUUACAGUGUCCACCAUGCGCAACCUUGGGAUGGGGAAAAAACACAUAGAGGAGCGCAUCACUGAAGAGCUCAAUUUUCUGAUAGAUAAUAUUAACUCUUUCCAAGGCGAACCUUUCAGCCUCCGAACUUUCAACUCGGCGGCAACCAACAUCACGUUUGUUCUGCUGUUUGGGGAACGGUUUGAGUACAACGACCCGACAUUUCUCACUCUUCAAAGACUCAUAGAUGAAGUCAUGUGCCUUCUGGGAUCCCCCACUUUACACCUGUUCAACUUCUACCCAUUCCUCGGAUUCCUCUUCAACGCUCACAAGGCUUUGCUUCGAAAGAUCGAGGACGUCCGAGUCAUCAUCAGAGAUUACAUCAAGAGCAGCAGACGAGAUCUCGACGGCAACAACCUUCGGAGCUACAUAGAAGCCUUAGUCUUCAAGCACCAACAGGACAUGAGCAAAAGACAGAACCUUUUCCAUGAAGAUAAUUUAAUCGCAUCCACCCUGGAUCUCAUAAUGGCUGGAACAGAGACCACAGCCACAACUCUACAGUGGGCUAUCCUGCUGGCCAUGAGACAUCCAGAGAUUCAAAAGAAGGUUCAGGAGGAGAUCGGGCGAGUGGUGAAGCCGGGCCACCAGGCCACCUAUGAAGACCGACGGAACAUGCCUUUUACCAACGCGGUGAUCCACGAAGUGCAGCGCUUUAUCACGCUGCUGCCCCAUGUCCCUCGCUGCACCUCCGUCGACACCCAUUUCAGGGGCUAUUUCCUCCCCAAGGGAACCAUGGUUAUUCCAUCACUGACUUCAGUCCUGCUUGAUCAGAGCCAAUGGGAAACUCCCCAUGAAUUCAAUCCCAACCACUUCCUUGACACCAGCGGGAAUUUCAUCAAGAAGGAUGCCUUUGUGCCUUAUUCUUUAGGACGCAGGAAUUGCAUUGGUGAAAGUCUGGCCAAAAUGGAGCUGUUCCUCUUCUUCACGGGCCUGCUGCAGAAAUUCACUUUCCAACCUCCACCUGGGCUUACAGAAAUGGACUUGGACCUGAAUGUUCCUAAGACGACCUUCACUCUAAGACCACAGCCACAGUUGACGUGGGCUGUUCUCCGUGAGUGAAGAAGAUGCUGCAUGAGAUGCAGGUGGGAAGGGAGGGGAAAAGAAACUCACAUGGCGUAUACUAUACAGACUAUACACUAUGUGUGUG